AUGGGGACAGAACGCAGAGAGAAGUUGCAGUUUCAAAUCAUCUACUUCAAUUUUGAAACGGUGCAGGUUACCUGGAACGCGAGUGAAUUCUCUGGGGUAAACCUCACUUUCUUCUACACAUUCAGCAGCAAUGGGGAAUACGACCAAUGCACCAGGUAUAUUCUUCAACAUGGCCACACGGUCGGCUGCCUCCUGGACACGAAAGAUGAUGAGAUUCUGUAUUUUUCCAUCAGGAACGGGCCACAGCCUGUUCUCACGGAAAGUCGGUGGAUCAAUGAAUAUGUGAAGCCCAGCUCCCCAAGAGACCUGCACUUCCUGUGGUGCGGUGAGCAGGUCACCGUGACGUGUUCCGACCUGCCCUACACUGACCUUGUGUAUGAGGUCCAGCACAGAAGUACCUUCGACACCACCUGGCAGCAUCAUUUAAUUUCAGAUUCAUGCCCAGAGGAGCAAAAGGGUGUCCAACCCAAAUUGCCCAGAUUUAUAUUAAUUUGUAGCCUGGUCUCUCUGCUGACAAUGUGGCUCCUUCUCCUGUCUUUGUGGAAGCUGAGGAGAGUGAAGAAUCUUCUUAUUCCCAGCAUUCCAGACCCAAAGGCCUCCUUCCCUGGGCUCUUCGAGCAGCACCAAGGAAACUUUCAGGAGUGGAUCAAAGACACCCAGAACGUGGCCCAGCUGAAUAAGAUGGGGAGUGGCGGGGAACAGGACUGUGGCCCCGAGGAUGCCCUGGUGGUCCAGGUGGCCAAUGUCCCCAAGAUGAUGGGUACUGUGUGCCCGAAGAUGGGGGACGGGGAGUCCUCUGGGGAUUCCCUCCAGUUCCCUCACCAGCUACCCAAAGGCGGCGACGUGGUCUCCCUUGGGGGAUUCACAUUCGUGACAAGUGACAACUCCUACGUGAUGUUAUGA